CAAGAACUACGCUUCUUCAUGCUGGUGUUUAAAGGAACGGUCACAGGUUGCUGGGCGCAUCAUUAGUUAUCACAUUGUACCUCAGUGUGAGGUCUUAUCAUCACCGGUUUUUUACAGUGCGCAUCCAUUGUACGCUGUCGAUGCUGAACGACAAGAAAUGUGCAAAGCAAACAUAUACAAGGUGAACAGAUGGAGGGAAGCUCUGAAACAAGGGUGCCGUGUCUCUGGCCGCCGGAGUAACUCAGAUAGGUUUAUAGCAGUUUAUUACGAUGUGGAUCCAAAAUCCUUUGCUCAACAUAUUCAACAAGCAUGCACACAAGAUUCAUUUGAGAUAACCCAAUGGGAGAGGAAGGUUAUCGAACUAGUGGCCCCUGUCUGGCAAGUGCGGAAUGACUCAGGGUUACAGGUUAUUCCAAAAAUUGUUAAAGAAGUCAAGUCUAAAAUAGAUAAACUAUUUUAUGACUUCUUCGGAUUUGUUGGGAUGCAAUCUCAAGUGGAAGAAGUGGAAAAGCUUUUGGAUUUGAAUGCAGAUGAUGAAGUUCGAGUUGUUGGCAUUUGUGGUAUGAGCGGAUUGGGGAAAUCUUCUAUUGCUACUGUUUUAUAUCUUAAGAUCUUUCACUUUUUUGAUGCCUUUUGUUUCCUUCCCAAUCUAAGUGGACGUUUAAAGCACGGUGACAUAACUCUACAAGAACUUCUGCAUAGACAUUUGAUGACAGAGAAUUCAGAGAUGAAGGAUUUUCUAGACAAAGAGUUCUUACGAUGCAAAAGGUUAAGAAAGCACAAGUUUCUUAUAGUUCUUGAUGGUGUCGAUGUUGUACAACAUCUACAAGAGUUGAACUUAGUUCAAAAAUCCAAUUGUUUUGGCGGGGGAAGUAGAAUCAUUAUAACAACUAGAGACGAACAAGUCCUUCAAAAAUAUGAGGUUAAAACCAUUUAUAGACCUAAACUUUUGUCCAAGGAGGAAGGUUUCGAACUACUUUGCUCUCAAGCUUUUCAAGGGGGAUAUCCUAUUGGUGAAUUCAGAGAGAUGAUAGAUAGGGUGUUGGAAUAUGCUAAUGGCCUUCCAUUAGCAAUUGAAAUAUUCGGUUCAUCCUUUUUUGGAAAAGGCAUUGCAGAAUGGAGAAGUUUGCUGGAUAGGGAAGAAAUUAUUCCUCCCUAUGAGAUCAUAAGGGUGCUUAGAAAAAGUUUUGACGAACUUGAUCACAUGAGUAAGGAAAUGUUUUUGGACAUAGCAUGUUUCUUUGUCGGGAAGGACAUUAACUGUGUGAAGGAAAUUUUACAUGAUUGCAUCGAUUGCUCUGUUGAUAUAGAAAUUCUUAUUCAGAAAUCAGUCAUCACAAUUGCAAAUGAGAGGAUACAAAUGCAUAGUAUGUUGCAAGCAAUGGGGCGAGAUAUUAUUCGACGACAAUAUCCGUAUCAACAAAGCCGAUUAUACCUUUAUGGUGACAUUAAAUCUGUUAUGGAGAAGAAAAGAAACACGGUGAUGAAAAAUGUUGAAGCUCAGCCAGAUGACAUCGAAUCUGUUAGUGAGAGACAGAGAUACACAUGGAUGGUGGAAGGUGUUGAAGCUAUAGCCUUGGAUUUGGAAGAGCCAAAAAUGGCUUCAUUGAGGAUUGAUGGUUUAUCACAUAUGAUCAACCUUAGAUUGCUGAUAUUCCGUAAUGUGGAAUUUUCUGGAACCCUCAAUAAUCUUUCAAGCAAGUUGCGAUAUGUUUCAUGGCAUCAAUAUCCUUUCACUUCUUUACCGUCGGGUUUUCAAUCUGACACACUUGUUCAACUGAUUAUGCCUGAAAGCAGCAUGACAGAAGUAUGGAAGGGCAGAAUGAUGCUCCCUACUUUGAGAAAACUGAAUCUAAGUGGCUCCAAAGCUUUGACAAAGACGCCAGAUUUUGGUGGGGUUCCAAAUCUUGAGAGGCUAGAGCUCGAAGGAUGUACUGGAUUGUUGCAACUUGAUCGAUAUGUUGCUAAACUUCCACAGCUCAGAUUCUUGAACUUGAAAGUUUUCUCCAAUGAGGAGCUUGAUACAAGUGAGGCUGCUUAG